CGGUGCGCGUUCACUCCCUGUGCCCUUUGCGACCCGAUUCCAGUCUUCUCUAUCGGAGUCCGCGUAUUCCUGACUGAACUGCCGUAAUUGGAAUUCUGGGCGGCCAUGGAUGACGAUGAUGCCGACUACAUGCAAGGAAGCGAUGAUGAAGACUACGGCUUCGACUACUCUGACGGUGACGACGCAGAAGAUUCAGGAAGUGCCGAUGUUGAAAAUAUGUAUUACAAGGCGAAGUCCAAGAAGGACGACAAUCCGGAGGAAGCUUUGAAAGAUUUCAAGGCGAUAGUUGACCAGGAGACUGAGAAGGGCGAUUGGGGUUUUAAAGCAUUGAAACAAUCCACCAAGCUAUUGUUCCUGGUCCUCAAGCGUCCGCAUGAUGCACUCAAGACGUAUACUCAGCUUUUGACUUACACGAAAUCUGCGGUGACGCGAAAUUACUCGGAGAAAUCCAUCAAUGGUAUCCUGGACUACGUUGGCGGUGGCAAAGGCGGACAAGUCGAUGUCGAUGUUUUGGAGCAAUUCUAUCAAGUCACGAAAGUGUCUUUGGAAGAUGCUAAGAAUGACCGACUUUCCGCCAAGACUAAUCUGAAGCUUGCGAAGCUGUGGCUAGACCGCAAAGAAUUCACUCGCCUUUCCAAGAUCAUCCGUGACCUCCACCGUGCUACUGAGCAAGAUGGGGAGAAUGACGAAACCCAAUCUCAGCACGGCACACAGCUUCUCGAAAUCUAUGCCCUCGAGAUUCAGAUGUACAACGAGAUGAGGAACUUCAAGAAGCUCAAGGAAAUCUAUAACGCAACUAAUGCUGUCCGCUCUGCCAUUCCACAUCCUCGAAUCAUGGGUGUCAUCAAGGAGUGUGGCGGCAAGAUGUGGAUGGGAGAACGCCAAUGGAAUCGCGCCUCUGAAGAUUUCUUUGAAUCCUUCCGCAACUACGAUGAAGCUGGGUCCCCUCAACGCAUUCAAGUCUUGAAGUAUCUCGUUCUCGCGAACAUGUUGACCGGAAGUGAGGUCAAUCCGUUCGACAGUCAAGAAACCAAACCAUACAAGACGGACCCACAAAUUAAAGCCAUGACCGAUCUCGUUGACGCAUAUCAACGUCGGGAAGUUCAUUCCGCCGAGAAGAUUCUCAAAGACAACCGUUCGACAAUCAUGGACGACGCUUUCAUUCGGGCAUACAUCGGCGAACUGCUUCGCAGUCUCAGAACCCAGUACCUGAUCGACUUGAUCAAACCUUACACUAGACUGGAGCUUUCCUUCCUAGCCAAGCAACUGAAUGUUGAUAUCACCGAGGUCGAGGAGUUGCUCAUCGGUCUGAUUCUGGAAGGUAAGGUGGAGGGAAGAAUCGAUCAGGUCGGAAUGCGACUGGAGCUAGAUCGUAAGCAGAGCCUGGAGAAGAAACGCUACGCCGCUUUGAAUAAGUGGACGGAGGCUCUGGAGAAUGUGCACACGGCUGUGGUCGGGAAGACAGCGCCCAGCUCACGCUCAGUGAUGAGUGGCAUCACGGGCGGCGACUUGAGUGAAUUUGUUCCUCGAGACGAUAGGUGGAUGUUAUGAAUGUGCAUGCAUUGUCUGUCAACUGCCUUGCGCAUGAAUCUACUCGAACUGUGUAUUUUAUA